GAGUCAACAGUGAACGUAAGCCACUUUGGAUCUGCUAUCAGUUCACAAUAUUUAUCUGGAUUAUCACUUAGCGUGAAUGAACAUUGAACCUUAUCGUUUGGCGAUAACAUUGUUGCUGUUGUGUUGUGCCACGCGUCUACGUGUAAAGUGUUGACCAUUUGAAGGAUCCGUGAUCCGUGGUAGUUCGUACUGGUUACAAUUGACGAAGCAUUGCGCGGAACCAGCCCCUUUGCAAAAUGUCCACCGAUGGAUUGGCCUCCCUGAUGGAGAAGUGCCUCAACAGAAGCAUGCCGAUGGAACUGAGCCAAAGGCGAAACCUGGCGAACAAAUUCUUCACGGCGCGCAACGACAUAGAAGUAACGAAUAUGCUUGGCUUCGCUCUCGGCUGGGAACAGUUGGAAACGGCCACCCCCAAAACGGACUGGUCCGCAACCCUCCUGUUUGAUGCGGCACAGUGCAAAAAAAUCCUGCAACCGAUCGUGGCGUGCAUGCGCAGUACCGAGUUCUGUCUGCUGCCACUGGCCAUAGUUCGCAACGAUGGGAAGGGCGUUGAGAUGCAGAUGCUGAUCCGGGUGCGCAUUUCGCAGACCACCGAGGAGUACGUCGAUUUCACGCAGCGAAGGUACAAGAGCUUCAAUGAAUUCCUGGAAUCGAACCGAUUGCCGGCCUGCACGCUCCACUACCCCAAGGAUGGCAAAGAAGAAUACGAUGAGGAGGGCAAACUGUGCAUCGACAGCCGUGUUAUCAAGCACCCGAUUAAUACGCUGAAGACGAUUGCGGUGGUCGGGAGCGUUGUCGGUGGCAUUGCCGGAACGGUCCUGAUUCCCUUCGCACCGCUGGCCGCUUCGUUGGUGGUUGCCGGUACCACCGGGCCAAUGGUAGGGUUCGCUAUCAACGAUCUGGUCGACGGUAUCCGACACGAGAGACCCUCCGUGGUUGCGGUUCGCGGAUUCGCACUGACCACCAGUUUGGUCACCUUCGCGAACGUCGGUCUGAUCGCGGCCGUGAAGGUGGAACGGGUGCGCAAAAUGCUUUCAGUGGGGCAGCUCAAGUACCUCCAAUCGGCUGAAGCGGUCAUGCAAAAUGUCAGCAUUGGGGUGACGACGACGCAGUUUGUGGCCGCCGUCAUAAGUUCGGCAACCGGUUGGCAGAAGCUCGAACCGUGCGAAUGGUUGAGGUUGGCGGCGAAUCUCUGUUUGGCUUACCGGGUUAGCUACCACUCGGCCACGGCAGUACUUUUAUUUAACGAUGUGCAAGCGACCGGUGUGGCAAAAUUCUUUCAAACAAUCUGCCGCAACAUCCUGUCCAGCGUUUCCGACCUGAAAAACAAGAUCCUGCCCCGUUUGGAUCAAUGCUUGGGCUUGCGUAAAAUCCUUGAGGACUACAUUUCAGAGGGUGUCCAGUUCAGCAUGGAUGACGACUUCACUACGCUCACGAUCUUCGGUCACACGUUUGAGUUCCACACGCUGAUUUACAUUGACAAGGAUUUACUGCGGCAACUGUUCCAGCAGCUGAUGAUGGGUGCUGCUACUGUGGCGACGGUUGUUGGAACGGUUUGCAAUACUCAAACGAUACUGAACAAUCCCAAGGUGGUAAUGGAAGUGCUGACUGCUGUGACGAACCUGUGCAAGUUGCUGUGCGACAUCAAAUGUACCGCAGUCGAGCUGGGCAAAACCAUCCGAUUUGGCAAAGGUCACCAGUUCACGGUGCAAACACUAUUGAUCUGGUGGAACCUGCCAACCCACGAUCGCACGUUACUGCUGAAAGCCCUGGUCGAUCUCGACAAGGAGCAAACUGCGCAGCUGAACGAGCUGCGCUCGAGUGGAAGAGUUGACGACUCCACCUUCCUGAACUGGUUGGUGAUAACGGGCCCAGUUGAAUACGGACACACGCUCACGUACAGAGCGAGUCUUGAGUUAUUGCUGAAAAUAUCCGAGCUGACGGGUGAAGAAAAGAUCAUCUUCGGUGAUGGAAACGAUAUUCUUAUCAACGAACUAUUAUCGAUACGGGUGCAAGAUCGUAACGUACUGCAAUGUGAGACGUGGCGCAGCAACACGUUUCUGCGCGACCAGCGGUUCUUGCGGUUGUGUAAAGAUCUAGAAUCGACUUUGGAGAACACGACUCUCUUAGACCGUGCCAGGGACGCCUGGAUACGUACGUUUCGCAAGGACCACCUGCAGCUUGAAACGAUCGAUCUGCUGUGCGGUCUGUUUGCCGAAACCCAACCGCUGACCUUGGCCGAAGCCCUGGAUCACGCCCUGGACCAUGAAGGCGCCACCGUCGGCCAGGUCUACUACAACAUUCUUUUCAGCUGUCAAACUCUCAAUAGGGCCCAGGAACGGACAGCUGAAGAGCGGCCAGCACUUGCCGCCCGUUUCCGGCAACUUCUUUUGGAUAGCACCAAGAUUGGUAUGAACGGUUAUAGCCAGCUUACGUUCGUUCCGCAAACUAGCCAAGAAGCGGACUCAGAAAACGAAGGUGUUUGCAGCAGUACCGAUGCUAUACUGCACGAUGAGCUAAUAGCGAUGGCCAGAGGGCUGAUGCAGCAUACGCCCUUUUCGCUCCUCAAGUUCCCCUUUGGCCCCGCGGAACGGGCCGCCUGUUGGUUGCAGUUCGUGCCCGCGCUGCGCAAUAAGGAGGGACGGGCUCAGAUCACGCAAACGCUGAAGGAUUUGCUGAGCAACGGCACUGCGAAGCUGCUCCAGCAAGCGGAUGGCAAAAUACAGCGCACCUCGGACGGUGGCUGUGCGAUCGUAUUUCGGCGCAACUAUGCAAAGAUCAUUGUCGAGCUGCUACCACCCUCCCGUGACCACCAUCACCGUGGUCGGGAUUGGCGCGGUUCCAUCUAUCUGUGCAACAGGAGUGCCAUGGCCGUGAAUUGGCCCCCCAAGGAACCAACGGCCAACGGUGCCCCGAAACCCAGGCAGCCGUGGCGUAAAAAUGCCUGAAUCUACGAGUGACCACUUUGUACGCGACACCCGAGAAGGGAAAUGGUUAGCAUAGGUCUACAUGUAAUCAACUGUGUCCAAUAAAAUGCACCGUUUUCUUUAUUAAGA